UGAAGUACUCAGGGUACCUGGAACACUGGGACAAGCCCUUCUGUACAAACUGCUACAGCAAGUCUUCUGGGCUGAUGAAACUUGGAAAAGACAUUACACUGGGGGGCCUGGAAAUUGGUCUGCUGACAAUGAAGAAAGGGGAGGUGGCAAGAUUUGUCUUCACACCAGAUUAUGCCUAUGGGCGGCAGGGCUGUCCUCCUCUGAUUCCCCCAAAUGCCACAGUCAUGUUUGAAGUGGAGGUGCUGGACUUCCUAGACUCGGAUGAAUCUGACACAUUCUUUGAGUUGACUGCUGAGCAGCAGGAUACAUUUCCGCUACAAAAGGUGUUGAAAGUGGCAGACACAGAGAGAGAGUUUGGCAACUACCUCUACCGUAAGCGGCACUUUGAGGGUGCCAAAGAGAGAUACAAAAGGGCGUUCUCCAUCCUUGGUCGCAGCCCUUCCAGUGAGGCAGAGCAGUGUCAGAUCAAUGCUUCCAAGUUGCUGGUGCUCCUGAAUCUCUCGCUUACUUACCUGAAACUGGAACGUCCUGCCCAAGCUUUGUUAUAUGGGGAGAAGGCCUUGGAGAUUGACCAAAGAAACACCAAAGCGCUGUUCAGGUGUGGCCAGGCUUGUCUCUGCAUGACAGAAUACGAAAAAGCACGGGAUUUCCUGGUCAGAGCUCAGCAUAUACAGCCGUUUAACCAUGAUAUUAAUAAUGAGCUGAAAAAGUUGGCAAGCUGCUACAAGGACUACAUGGAAAAGGAGAAAGAAACGUGCUGCCGAAUGUUUGCCUCUCUCAACUCUUCCUCUGGCUACCGGAAAUAA